AACCCAGUCACCGCCUUCUCGCCAAAUCCGUAUUAUUCCGAGAAUUCACAAGACUUGGAAUUUAGAAGAUGAAAAGGAAGCAUACUAAUCCGCAGAAAUCUAAUCCGUCGAAGAAGACAAAGAAGACGAAGAAGAAUUCUAAAACCCAAUGUGUCGACUUUCCGGUAGAUGUCGUUGAAAUCAAUCCGUGUGAUCAAGAGGAAGGUGUUUCGGGCAUUAUCACCGGAGAGCGUCCAUGGAAGAACCUUGAGCUUAUACUUUCGUUGAAUAGCAGUGAAUUGGGAGACAAAGAGAAGGUGGAGUUGGCUUUCAAUUUUGUGAAAGCACAUGUAGAGACUGACGAGGAUGAAGAAUGUCAAGCGGUUAAGACAUCGCGGCUGAUUAUUUAUCUCAGUGAAUGGAUCCAGAAACUGUUUGCUUCCAAUGAAGAAGUAAAGGCUGAUAAUUGUUUGGACUUCAGAUGCUGGGAGAUCCUCACGUUCUGCUUGAAUCAGUCAUCAAUCUUGCACGUCUCUAUCCAUCUGUCAAGUUACCUUCUAAAGGCUAUAGGUUUUGCCGCGGAAAAUCUUUUAUCUGCACUGAACAUGCCCUUGUCUUCCGAGGUCAAUUAUCGUAGUGGUCAAGGUUUUGAAGUUUACAGUUCUAUGGUUGAUUGUGUUGGCUUGUUGUUCUCGUCGAAAAGUGGCAUGUCCAAGGAAAAUUUAGGCUUGUGGAUUUCAAGUGUCGAGCCAGUUCUGAAGCUCACACAUAAAGUUCUUGCAGAGAAUAUCAAGGAUAGCCUAGCCGAUGCAUUUGUCCUUAAAUUCUCUUGCUUGGUUCUUGAGCCAUUCUCCAAGUUUUUGAUGACUCAUCCAACUAAUACCGAUAGGUUUAAAAAAUUUCUGGACAAGCUUUUUGUGCCCUUAUUGGCUGUGCUGGGUUUAUUGAAUCUCAGCGAGGACAAAAACUCUGGUUUAGAAAUAACCUUGUUGAAGUUGAUUCAAGAAAUAUUAUCUCUGGGUCUGUUUCAUUCAGUUCAUAUUGAUGGGUUUUUAGUUCUAGGCGGAGCGGAAAGGUGUUUACAAGAAUCGAGAGAGAAAAAAAGCUAUCAGUGGCAUUUUAUUUUCAAGUUCGAGGACAUGUUACUAAUGAAGAUGGAGUUGGAGCUAAGCUGUAUAGGGUCACUGUUUAGGUUGUUUAUCAACAGAGUGAUGAAACAACAAAGAGAUUCAAAACAGUUGCAGGAAGGCAUGGCGACAAAGGCCUCAAUUGCUGGGCAAGUAGCUACUGGUGAUAAUGAGUCUUCUGCAAAGAGUCAUUGCUUAAGUUCCCUCCGCCUGGAGACACGGAAAUCACUUUUUGAUUUCUUCCUGCAUCUUAUGGAACCUAUAUUGCUUAAGAUCGAUGGAUUUAUUAAUUCUGGAUCUGAAAUGGCAUCUCUCUUAGCUGAUUUCUGCUGUGUAAUUAAGUCCGCAAAUAGUUUGCUGCUCCACUUUGCUCAUGAGCGAAUAUAUGUGAGAACAGAGGAUGCAUCUGGAGGAGCUUGCUUUUGUUUCUUGAAGAAGAUCUUCAUAACAAUAGUUUCAGUUGCUUCUCAGUUACAAAAUUAUUAUACAUAUGACGAAGGGUCAGCGAUGCAUGCUUUAUUAGCCAAGGAGCUAAUAAUUGCAAUAGGCUACUUGUUGCAAAUCGAAUAUGAAGUUAUUGAGAACGAUUUAGUUUCUUUGUGGCUAAUCAUGCUCUCUUUCCUGAGGUUUAGUAGUUUUUCAUCAGAGAAUGCAGAACAUGACUGCCCGUUGACGUCAUUGUUACGUGGUCUUGGAUGUCAGUUGAUAAAUUUAUAUAGUGAGCUCCGCCAGGUAGGUGUUGCUGUAUUUUCUCUGUGCAAAGCUGUAAGGCUUGUGAUAUCUGCUGAUGGUGAUAAUGGGAAGAUGAUCGACACCAAAGAGCUUCCACGGUCUUCUGUUUCUCUAUUAGAUAGGAGCGCAAAAUCAGUGGAAAAACUCUUGUCAUUUCUAGAUUUAAGGCUUGCUAUACAUAGAGCUAUCAAAGGUAUACCAGAAGGCCAAGCAGGUGGUUGUAUCGAGAGCUUGACUACAGAUGUAUUAGAGGCCAUGGAUUGGAUAAGAGUUAGUUGCUCACCAAGUGCUAGAGAACAAGAUGGACAGGUAGCAGCAUGCUUGGCUGGAGCUUUGUCUGAUAUUUAUUCACUUGUCCUCGACUCACUAACUAUUACAUCCGGGAAUAGUAACCUUGUUGGCCGGUCCAUGAAUAAUCUGGUGGAUCUCAUCCGGCCUUGCUUAACCCACCUGGUUUCUUCAGACUCAGAUUGCAUUGAAAUUUUCCAUUCUGCUGUCACCGGAAAGGGGUUGGACAUUAUGAUGGCUGAAAAGAAUAGAGAGACGUACAGAAAGUCUGUGCGCUUGUUUAUUGUCUUCUUCUUGCGAAUUUACAUGUCUUCCAGAAGCUUAUAUAGGCAGGUGAUUAGUCUUAUGCCUCCAAAAAAAUCAAAAGAGAUGGCUGGUAUCAUGGGCGACUCUUUUGCAGCUCGUUGCGGAAGUGAUUGGGUAAAAGAGAAGAGUUGGUAUGAUGAAGGCUAUUUUUCAUGGAUCUGCCAACCUUCAGCUUCUAUUGUUGACAUUAUCAAACACAUUUCAGCUGUUUACCUCAAGGAUGACAGUGCAGAUUGCUCAUUGCUGGUAUACAUACUGUAUGGUGUCGCUCUUCAGAGACUUGUUGAUUUAAACAGGUACAUAAAAUCACUCGAUUAUGUGUCACAAAUAAGUGAUAAUCAGAUGCAAUUUACAAUGCUCAAGCAUGUAUCAGUUCUUAAGUGUGAAGGAGAAGAGCUUGCUGAUUUCCUUUUGGGCAACAACAUCAUACCAAACUUUUCUGAUGUUGGAACUUUUGAAAUGAUAGAUAACAUUGAUCAGUGGGAUCUCAAGGUAUCGGGCAUCAAUAGGAAGUGUUUGCCUGCUGUGCGUUUGUGGGUUCUUAGCCAACAUAUUGAUAUUUGGUGCCCCCAUGCUGGAAAAAAGAAAUUGAAGAAUUUCCUGUCUCAGCUAAUAGGUAGUUCUGUUCCUCGUAUUUUGAGCGGAGUAGGUAUGUCUACUCUUGGCUGGGAGAAUAGUGUAGACAAGGGCACUCAAAGUAAGAAAACAGGGUUGGAACAGUUCUCAUUAGGACUUCUUUGUGAUUCAGUAUUGUAUGAGCAUGAAUUUGUUCGCAGAUAUUUGGCGCCAAGUUUUUCUCACGUAUUGAAAACGACAGCAGAGGCUUUUUUCAAGGAGUUUACUGAAGAAGUUGAUUCACCACCAGAUUGGUCAGAGGUGUUAAUCUUGCUUGAAAGUUCAACUGCCAACUUAUCUGAAAAGCUUCAAUCAGAAGAAGAUUUUGUAGAAGCACAUGUAUCACAGCUGGACAAUCGGAAGUUCACAGCUUGUCAAAAUUUGCUAAAUCUUUUGUGUGGUAUGCCCAAGGAGUAUACGAAUAAGAAGUCAUUCCAACUUUAUGCAAAUUUUGUUCUCGACCUCGAGAGGGUUAUAGUUUUUAGUAUGUUGAGAUGUUUGAACAAGCUAUCCCCGGGUGAUGUGCAAAACCUUUUCGGGCUGUUCAUCACUUGCAGAAAAACUUUGAAAAGUAUUGGUAUGAUGUCUUGUGACAAGGUGCUAGGAGCUACCAAGUUGCCUUUAUCUGAUAGUUCGUUGCUGGCUUCUUGGCUUUUCAAAUCAGCACAAGCUGCGGUUACUUGUCAAGAGAGAUUUAGGAAUGAGUUUACAAGAAGAUCAAGGGACGCCAUCUUUUCUUUGAUGGAUCACACAUCAUAUAUGUUUCUAACAUUAAGUAAAUAUCAAUUCAGCAAGGCGAUACCACUGUUUAAUGAACAACUCAUUUCAUCAGAACUUUCUGAGGAAAGUGGACAAUCGAACCUUAUAUUUCAGAGCUUGACAGAACAGGCAGAAACUCUACUAAAUGCUUUGAGGGCUACCUUAAGAGAUGAGAAAACAGUCUUUGGAUGUGAGACUCUGAUACUGAACAGAUUAGCACCCAUAUUUUCUUGUUUUAGUGGGUUGUUGUGGGGAUUAGCAUCUGCAGUGAGUCACAUAGAUAUGCAGAAGAAUCAUCAGAACAAAAAACUGAGAUGGAAAUCAGAAGAAUUUUUGAAGCUUGCCCGCAUUAUCCAUGUUCUUAGCAAUUUUUUUGAGGUUUUCGCACAGUGUCUGUUUCUUAGUGGUGAUGUGCAGCGGGAAAUACAAGCCAAUAUCAACUGGACCAGAUUGCUUGAUGGGACCGAGGGUGCAAAUGGCCUUGGGUGUGGUGACGUAGUAGAGAGUAGCAGGGAUGUGAAAAUACAAAUUAUUGAGAGCUUGAUAAAGGGUGAUUCUUCGGAAAUAGUAUUGGCACUUAGACAUCUGUUAAUUGCUUCCGCUGCUGUUUUAAGGUUAAAUCUGCAGAUCGAUGGCAUUACCUUCUCACCUACAUUUGUCUCUGGUCUCACAGGCAUUUCAAAGGAUCUACUCUCUGUAUUCGCUGGCAUGAGCGUGGCACCGCUCGAAUUCUCAUUUAUUUGGUUAGAUGGUGCAGUGAAAAUUCUAGAAGAAUUAGGGAGCCACUUCUGCUUAUCUAACCCUACAUUAAACAAAGAUCUGUACUCAGAGUUGAUAGAGUUGCACCUGAAGGUGAUUGGCAAAUGCAUAUCGUUACAAGGAAAAGAGGCUACCUUGGAAUCUCAUGAGACAGGAUUUGGUACUAAUGUAAUCCAUGCUAAGAAAGUGCUAUUAGAAAAAAGCCGGUUUCAUUGGUUGGAUGAAUUGAAAGGGAGGCUUAGAAUGUCAUUUAAAGUGUUUAUACAUAGCUCCUCAGAGUCAGACUUAUUGUCAGGAGUACAGGCUAUAGAAAGAGCCCUGGUUGGAGUAUGGGAAGUGUGCCCAGCUAUCUAUAGCAUACAGACUGGAAAUAGAGAUGGGGGCAGAAUCUCUGAAACUGCUGCUGCCGGUAUUGACUGUCUGGACCUCAUUCUGGAGCAUGCCACAGGUCGCAAACGUUUGAAUGUGGUUAAAAGGCACAUUCAGGGAUUAAUGUCGGCAGUGUUCAGUAUCAUGGCUCACAUGCAGAGUCCAUUUAUUUUCCGCAAAACUGCAAUUGUUGGCAACCAGGGUCCCAACUUUCCCGAUGCUGGUGCAGUCAUUCUUAUGUGUGUCGAAGUUUUGAUAAGAAUAGCAGGGAAACACGCAUUGUUUCAGAUGGAUUCAUCGCACAUAAGCCAGUCCAUACAUAUGCCCGGAGCAAUUUUUCGUGAUUACCUUCAGAGUACAAGGGUGGGAUUCUCGGUUUUGGAUGGAAAUCUGUUACAUAAGGAUGAUCAGCGACAAGAUCUGUUAGGAAGCUCUGAAGAUCUUCAAGUAGACCAGAAAUUCUCAAUGAGCCUGUAUGCUGCUUGCUGCCGACUACUAUAUACAGCUAUUAAGCAUCAUAAGAAUGAAACUGAGGGCUCCAUUGCUACACUGCAAGAAUCUGUUUCUGCGCUUCUUAAUUGUCUGGAGACAGCAGGAAAUAAAUUGGGUAACUGUGUUUCAUGGGAAGUGGAAGAGGGAAUCAGAUGUGCCUGUUUCCUCCGGAGGAUCUAUGAAGAGUUAAGACAGCAGAAGGAAAUCUUUGGACAGCAUUGUUUCAAGUUCUUAUCAACAUACAUAUGGGUUUCUUCCGGAUAUGGGCCUCUUAAAACGGGUAUCAAAAGGGAGGUAGAUGAAGCUUUAAGGCCUGGUGUGUAUGCUCUUAUAGACACUUGCUCACCUAAGGAUUUACAAUAUCUCCAUACAGUAUUUGGUGAAGGUCCUUGUAGAAACUCUCUAAAAACCCUGCAACAAGACUACGAGUUAAAUUUCAAGUACGGAGGCAAAGUCUAGAAACAUCACAAUUAGUUUCUUAUGUGUCAUGUUGUGGUAAGCUCUUUUUUUUUUUUAGAGAGAGAGAGAGAGAGAGAGAAUACAGUAAUCGGUAAUUAAGACAUGAUUUACGCACAUUAUGAAAAGAUAUUUUGAUUCUUGUCUGCCACCAAUC